CGUCAUGCUGAGAAUACGAGAAACCGUCCGAAUCCAUCCUCCGCCCGACACCCCGGCCGAGCUAAAGCUACCGCUAACCCUAUUCGACAUUUGGUGGAUUCACACCCCGCCUACCCUCCGCCUCGUCUUCUACGACCACCCAUGCUCAUCGGCCGAUUUCCUCGACACGGUAAUCCCGAGGCUCAAGCAAUCCCUUUCCCUCACUCUCAAGCACUACCUCCUCGCCUCGGCCAAUCUGCUCUUCCCUUCGGAUCCGGACCACAAGCCCUUGUUCCGUUAUGUCACGGGCGACUCCGUCCCGCUCAGAAUCGCCGAAUCCGGCCGCGAUUUCGGCGAGGUCAUUGGGGACCACCCUCGGGACGCGGACCAAUUGCACGAUUGCAUCCCCGCGUUGCCACAACCUGCUGACGAGGCAAGAUAUAAAAAAAUCCCCCUUUUAGCCCUGCAGGUGACCCACUUUCCUGGCCGCGGAUUUUGCCUCGGCGCAACUAACCAUCACAGUCUCGGCGACGCCAGAUCGAUCGUCGGAUUCAUUUCGGCGUGGGCCGAGAUCAACAAAUCCGGCGACGACAACGACUUUUCGACCAAAACUCCGCCGAUCUUCGAUCGAUCCGUCGUCAAAGAUCCCGCCGGAGUCGCCUCGGUAUUCUGGAACGCGGUGAAACAGAUCCCGGUCAAUCCGGCGCCGGCGCCUCUGGCGCCGACGCACCGAGUGAGAUCUACUAUCAUCCUCUCCCCACAGCACUUGCAACACCUGAAGAGGCAGAUCUCCGCCGCUCCGGCGUCGUCGUUCGUCGCUGCGGUGGCGUACGCCUGGUCGUGUCUGUCGAAAUCGGCAGACGCGAUCGGGGAGAAAAUCGGCGGAGAGGAAACGGAAGUGUACUUCCUCUCCGCCGACGCGAGAGGGAGGCCGAACGCGAUGAUCGAUCCGCCGGUGCCAGUGAAUUACUUCGGUAAUUGCUUGGGCGGCGGGAUGGCGAGCUUGGAGCACGGGCGGCUGGCGGCGGAGGAGGGGUUUCCGGCGGCGGCGGAGGCGAUCGGCGGUGAAAUCAAGGGGAGAAUUUACGACAAAUGUGAAUUUCUGAAAGGGGUGGAGGAUUGGCCGGCGGGAGUGGUGAAGUAUAUGGGGAUGAGGAGUUUGUGCGUGACGGAUUCGCCGAAAUUCGAUCUGUAUGUGGCGGAUUUCGGGUGGGGGAAGGCGAGGAAGGUGGAGGUGCUGUCGAUUGACGGUGAGACCUACGGGAUGUCGUUGUGUAACUCGAGGGAUUCCGACGGCGGAUUGGAGAUUGGUGUGUCGUUGCCAUUGGAGAGAAUGAAAGCUUUUUCUGCUAUAUUUGCACGUGGUCUCAAGUUGUGAGUUUCGGUUUCGGUUUCAGUUUCAGUUUUCAACCGUUUCUGGUUUCGACUACAGUCAUGAUUGUGGAAGACACUUGAAAUGACGUCGUUUUAGUAUGCUACUAUGCUUUAAUUUUUGUUAAAUAUAUACUCUCUCUGUUCAUAGAAAUACAUCUUGGAUUGA